AUGCUCAAGGUGCGGGCCGCAGAUGGUACUUAUAAAAUAAUGCGCACACUUAUUGAUCAGGGUUCGCAAGUCUCAAUAAUAUCUGAGAAUGCGGCCCAGCGACUAGCACUUCCUAGACGAAACUGCAAAGGUAGUAUUUAUGGGGUUGUUGUUAAACCUAAUAGCUGUAAAGGAGUACUUCACUUAACAUGCUCAUCAAUGGACGACAACUACGUUUUUGACACGUCGGUAUUUAUCAUGCAAAAUCUUAUCAAACAAUUACCAAAUUCAACAUUUGCUAAGCCUUCGUGGUCAUUCUUGAACAAUAUACAACUAGCUGACCCAGACUUCAACAUCAGCAGACCGGUGGAUCUUCUUCUGGGUGCUGACAUAUAUUCGAACAUUAUAUUACCUGGAAUAUGCAGAGAAGAAGAUCAAUCUAUGCCGAUUGCCCAACAGACUCGGCUCGGCUGGAUUUUGUGUGGAAAUACAAAAACAUACCAAUGCAAUGUAAUUUUGAACAACAUCGAACAAAUCGAAAAAUUUUGGGAAACAGAGGACAUUACUGAGCAUUUCGACUUAUCAGAAGAAGACCUUCAAUGUAUUCAAUACUAUGAAGAAACAACAAAACGACUGAGUGAUGGUAGAUACGAGGUCAGACUCCCACUCAAACCAGGAUAUGAAAAACAAUUGGGUUCGUCCAAAAAUAAGGCAAUCGCACAUUUUUUAAGCAUGGAAAGAAAGUUUAGAAAAAACAACAGUUUUGAGCAAAAUUACAAAGCCUUCAUUCAUGAGUACCUAGCGCUUGGACAUAUGAAACCCGCUGAUUCAAUGGGUCGACUCGAAUGUUAUAUACCUCACCACGGCGUACAACGACCGGAAUCGACAACUACGGCCUUGCGAGUAGUGUUCAAUGGCUCAUGCAAGACUUCAACAGGUUCGAGUCUCAAUGAUGUUAUGUAUGCAGGUCCAAACUUACAGCAAGACCUUCAGGAACUGUUGAUCAAGUGGCGACAGUUUGAGAUAGUAUUUACGGCUGACAUUGAAAAGAUGUUUCGCCAAAUAUGGAUUCAUCAAGAUGACCAGCUUCUCCAAAAAAUAAUAUGGAGAGAUUGUCCAAGUUCUGCAUUGCAAGACUUACAACUAUGCACAGUCACCUAUGGCACAAAAGCUGCCCCAUUUUUGGCCAUGAUGACGCUUAAACGAUUAGCAAACGAUGAACGAAGAAAUGAUUACUCCACCACUGCAAUCCAGACCCUGGAAAAAGCAAUGUACAUGGACGACCUGCUGUAUGGAGCCCAUUCUAUGACGUCAGCAUUGGAAUUACAACAAGAGCUUAUUCGCCUGCUUCAGUCUGGAGGAUUCAACUUAAGAAAAUGGAAUUCCAACAAAGAGGAACUACUUAACAUCAACAACAACCAAGACAACAAAAAUUUUAAUUUUAAACAUGCACAUUCAUCGAAAACACUUGGACUCAGCUGGAUUUCUAAACAAGAUAUUUUCACAUUCCAAACAAAAAUUACUGACUCUGAGAAGAAAUGUACAAAGCGAAGUCUUUUGUCAGAAAUUUCGAAACAGUUCGAUCCAAUCGGCUUGAUUGCUCCUAUAACACUGAGACUAAAACUUCUCUUCCAAAAAGUAUGGCAGCUGAAUCUUCAGUGGGAUGAUGAACUACCCGAAGAAAUCCAAGUAGAAUGGAUAAACAUGAAACAUGGCAUCAAAAUGAUUGAUCAACUACAAAUACCUAGAUGGUUGGGAACAAAAGAAAAUAGCUUAGUCGAAUUGCAUGGUUUCUGCGAUUCGUCGGAGAGAGCAUUCGGCUGCGCCAUAUAUUGCAGAACAAGCAAAAAUCAUCAUUCAAUGGUGGUGUUAGUUGCCGCCAAAACCCGACUAGUACCCAUCAAAAAGCCUAUCACUAUACCAAGGCUCGAAUUAAAUGCCGCAGUUUUAUUAUCAAAAUUGAUGAACAAGGUUGUCAACUGCCUAAGUACGUACAACAUACAGAUCUUUGGUUGGUGUGACUCCACCGCUGUUCUAGGCUGGUUGCACGGAGACGCUGCACGAUGGAAGCCUUUCGUGGCGAACAGGGUCAAACAAGUGAUCACAAAUAUGCCCCCCGCCUGCUGGCGCUAUGUGAAGUCGGAGGAAAAUCCAGCAGAUUGCGCCAGCAGGGGCUUAACAGCAGGACAACUAAAAGACCACCCGCUUUGGUGGCAAGGGCCCUCUUGGCUACUAACAUAUAAACAAGAUGUAGAAAACAACCCUAUGUAUACAACCAACGAAGAGGAAAAGCAAGUUUUAGUAGCUCAGAAAGCAAAAGAAGAAGAAAAAAGCUACAUUUUACCGCAACUUAUAGAAAAACAAAGCUCAUUUACACGCUUAGUAAGAAUAUUAGCAUGGAUUCUACGAGUCAAAAAAGAUAAAACUAAACAGAGGCAGCCCUACCUAACAAUAUCAGAGUUACAAACAGCUACUAAUUUAUUAAUAAAACAUGUGCAAUCAGCCGAAUUCAAAGACGAUAUCAAUAACAUUACGCAAAAUAAACAAGUACCGAAAAAGAGCCCAUUAUCAAAGUUGAAUCCGUUCAUAGAUAAAAAUGGCAUCUUAAGAGUAGAUGGCAGAUUAGAACUCGCAAAUAUCACAUAUAAUAUGAAACAUCCAAUAAUUUUGCCGAACAGAAGCCGUUUUACACAAUUACUGAUUGAUAGCGCGCAUAAGAUCACAUUUCAUGGCGGCGCGCGAUUGACGUCAGCGUUCAUUCGACAAAAGUACUGGAUUGUUGGCGGAAAUCGAACAAUUAAAAGGUUAAUAAGAACCUGUAUAACCUGUCGACGUUACGCUCCCAGCAUACAACCCCAGAUCAUGGGUGAUUUGCCUGAAGCCAGGACAAACCCCUCCCGUCCUUUUUAUCAUACAGGAGUUGACUACACGGGUUACGUGGACGUCAAGGCAAGCAAGGGUCGAGGCAUAAAACAAACAAGGGUUAUGUGGCUGUAUUCGUGUGCAUGGCAACAAAGGCCGUGCACCUCGAACUCGUGUCCGACCUCACGUCGUCAGCAUUUUUGGCCGCACUGCGUCGUAUGGCAGCUCGUCGAGGCGCGCCGCGUCACAUAUAUUGCGACAACGGCACUAACUUCGUCGGUGCUAGCCGUGUUCUAG